GGGAUUCAGUCUCCGCGCGAUGCUCUGGCGUUGAUCUUCGCCGAUCCCAUCCGAUCCGAUCAGAUCCUCUCUCUUCUCCAAUUUCGGGUGUGUGUGUGCUGAAAAUAAAUUAUAUUCCUUUUUUUUUAUAUUAUUUUUAUUUAGUGUGAAGUGUUUAUAUGUGCAAAAAUAUGGAAAAUUUUAAAAUGAAAACUCAUAAAAAUAUAUGAAAAUGUUUGAAUACAUUUAUUAAUACUCAAUGACCAAAAACAUAAAAGCAUCUGUAAUUGAUGGAUUUGCUGGCAUGACCAAAAUAUAAUUAGCAGCGAAAACAAGCGGCGAAAAAAGCAACAAUCAACAGAACAUUAAAGCACAACUCAAUUAUUCCAGUGGGCGUGGCAGUGGGCGUGUGUGUGUGUGUGCUUUGGCUGCUGACAAAAGUGCAAUUGGAAUCGAAAUCGAGUGGAGACUGGGAAAAUCGGGAAAACGCAACCGAUACGGGCCAAACUCAAGUGGCCAGGAUAGGCGGUGAAAAGAAGGAGUUAGCGGGUGGGGAGGCGUGGCAGAGGCAGCAGUCAUGACAAUGUCCUCGACGUCGACGGCGACGCUGACUGAGGCAGCGGCAGCGGCAGCGGCAGAGGCGGCGACGCUCGGAAACGCGACUGUUGGCGAAAUGUUUUCGGAUGCGGAUAUGGCGGAAGUGCGGCAUGUUGUCCAACGCAUUUUGGUGCCGUGCGUUUUUGUUAUUGGACUAUUGGGAAAUUCAGUGAGCAUUUAUGUUUUGACGCGAAAGCGCAUGAGGUGCACCACGAACAUUUAUCUAACGGCCCUGGCCAUCACGGAUAUUGCCUACCUGACCUGUCAAUUGAUCCUCUCGCUCCAGCACUACGAUUAUCCCAAAUACCAUUUACAAAUUUACUGGCAGCUCUAUGGGUACUUUGUCUGGCUGUGCGACAGUUUUGGUUACAUCUCGAUUUACAUAGCUGUGUGCUUCACCAUCGAGCGAUUCAUAGCGAUACGCUAUCCGCUCAAGAGACAAACAUUCUGCACGGAAUCGCUGGCCAAGAAGGUGAUAUCAGCCGUGGCUGUCUUCUGUUUGCUGUCCACGCUCUCGACGGCAUUCGAGCACACAAUUACGGUCGGUUCGAAGCUGAUUGAUGACGCCUACCAGCCGUGUAACCAAACGGUGGCCAACAUCUCGCCCACGCCCCCGCCCUCCGUAGCGGCCACGCCCCCACUGGUCACGCCCCCAAUGGCCACGCCCCCGCUUUCCACGCCGGCGACUAUUUGGCAAUCGCAGGACUUCACCACGGAGUUGACGACCGCCGGCAGCUCAAAGCUGCUCGUCGACUGGGGCAGUGGCAGCGGUGAUGGAGAGCCAGAGAACAUUCCACGACAUCGCCGUCACUGGCAGUCAUCUGGAUUUGUGACGCUUCCCACUCUGAGGAAAACGCUCGAGGAGCAGGAUCAGGAGGGAGAAGAACAAGAGCCGGGGUCAAGGGUCACCGAAAGUUUACUGCAAUUGUUGCGUCGCAAACGCAGCACUGGAAACAACAGCAACAACAAUACGGAUGCAUUCGCAUUUAAUGUAACGGAAUACUGUCAAAAUGUUACUUUUUAUAAUCAUGGUCCUUCGGAACUGGGCAGGAAUGAGCUAUAUAGCAAUCUGUGGAGUAUGUUUACACUGCUGGUUUUCGUAGUGCUUCCUCUACUUCUAUUGGCCACCUUUAACACUUUUCUCAUUCUACUGGUGCAUCGAUCAAAAAAUCUGCGUGGCGAUUUGACCAAUGCGAGUAGCAUAAGGCGCACAAAACGCAAAUCAAGUUCUGGAAUAAAAGGCAGCGUAUCGCAGGAAAACCGAGUGACGAUCACCUUAAUUGCAGUGGUGCUCAUGUUCAUUGUAUGUCAACUGCCAUGGGCGAUUUAUUUGGUGGUAAAUCAGUAUAUGGACAUUCAGCGUGGAACUCAGGUGGUGGCGGGAAAUGUUUUCAAUCUUUUGGCCUCUCUUCAUGCGGCCUCUAAUUUUUUCCUAUACUGUGUGCUGUCCGAUAAAUAUCGAAAGACAGUACGCGAACUAAUCACCGGUUAUCGCUAUAAACGUCGGCAUGCCAGGAACAAUAACAGUCUCUAUGUGCCACAAACGACGACUACACUGACCCAAAUAAAUGGUGAUCACUAUGGGAGUAACUAUGGCGGAGCCGGAAGUCGUCGUAAUCGCAAUACAAAUCGCCUGAUAGCGUGAAUAACCGUGAUUAUUUAUAGAAAUUAUAUACUGGUUGAACUCCAUGAGAGAGGAGUAAGUCUCCCGAAAUCUCAGCAGAAAAGAAGGCUUCAAAUUUGCCAGCUAAUCACACGGAAUCACAAGUGACUCGUUGAAAUCAAAAGUGAUUCUAUUCAAGCGUGUGAUUUGCAGAAAAUUUAAUUUGUUAUAUCAAUCGAUAUCUAUGUAUAUCGCUAUCUCUCUUUAUAUAUAUAUAUAUAUAUAUAUAAAUUACAUAACAUACAUUGUGCCAUAAUGUGAUGAUUAUAGAUUUAUGCUAGUUAACCUAAACGUAAUUGUUGUCCUAAGUACUAAACGCAUCAAAUCAAAUACACGCAAAAUACACACACAAAUAAACAAA